GUAUCGUUAUAAUAAGUACUUAUAACUAUUUCAUUUAAGUACUAAAACUAUUCUGUUUCCACGAUUAUUUACAGGCGUCACUUGCACAGAAGAAUGACAGAGCCAAUAAGAAACCCAGAUAUCAAAUUUACACAGAUUUUCAUCAAUAAUGAGUGGGUGAAUAGUAAAAGUGGGCGUGUCUUCCCAACAAUCAACCCAUGUGACGGCAAGAAAAUAUGUGACGUACAGGAAGGUGACAAGGAUGAUAUCGAUGAUGCUGUUAGCGCAGCACGUGCAGCGUACAAACGUGGCGCCCCCUGGCGUAAGCUUGAUGCCUCUAAGAAAGGACAACUCCUGAACAAACUUGCGGACCUGAUGAAACAAAAUAUCUCGUAUCUUGCCAGUUUAGAAACAUUGGACAACGGUAAACCGUUUUAUGAUGCGGAGGAGGACAUAGUGUUUUCCAUCGAAACAUUGCAAUACUACGCCGGAUGGGCAGACAAAAUUUGCGGGAAAACAAUCCCAGUUGAUGGUUCAUUUUUCACGUUCACAAAACACGAGCCUAUUGGUGUCUGCGGAGCUAUUAUUCCGUGGAAUUACCCGAUACCAAUGAUGAUAUGGAAGAUUGGACCUGCACUGGCAUGUGGCAACACGAUGGUCCUUAAACCUGCAGAGCAAACCCCACUCACUGCUCUGUAUUUAUGUUCCUUGAUUAAAGAGGCUGGUUUUCCGCCGGGGGUAGUGAACGUUGUUCCCGGGUAUGGCCCAACGGCCGGUGCGGCAAUCGCGGAACACAUGGACAUAAAUAAAGUGGCAUUUACCGGUUCGACAGAGGUCGGCCACCUUAUCAUGCAAGCGUCUGGAAAAUCAAACUUGAAAAGAGUUUCACUAGAACUUGGCGGGAAAAGUCCGCUCAUCGUCUUAGCAGACGCCAACAUCGAUGAUGCGGCGAUGUGGGCUCAUGCUGCAGUCAUGACCAAUCACGGCCAAAAUUGUUGUGCGGGGUCAAGAACGUAUGUGGAGGCUUCAAUAUAUGAUGAAUUUGUAGAUAAAUGUAAAAACAUGGCAUCAUUCAGGCAGGUCGGGGAUCCAUUUGAUGCACUGACUCAACAAGGACCUCAGAUCAGCGAGGAACAAUUAAACAAGAUACUUGGACUAAUCGAGACAGGUAAAAAAGAGGGUGCCAAACUAGAAUUUGGCGGUGAAAGGUCUGGCGAGGAAGGUUACUUCGUGCAGCCGACUGUGUUCUCAGAUGUCAAGGACGAUAUGACCAUUGCAAAAGAAGAGAUUUUUGGCCCAGUGCAGUCCAUUAUCAAGUUUACAGAUAUUAAUGACGUCAUUGAACGUGCAAAUAAUUCUAAAUAUGGUCUGGCAGCAGGUGUAAUGACGAAAGAUAUUAACAAAGCAUUGAUGAUGUCACAGAACUUAGAGGCCGGAAGCGUUUGGGUAAAUUGUUACGAUAUACUGAAGGCACAGACGCCGUUUGGAGGUUUCAAACAGAGUGGUCAUGGAAGAGAACUGGGCGAAUAUGCAUUACAUGAAUAUACUGAGAUAAAAACGGUCACUAUAAACUUUCCUGAGAAAAACCUGUAAAUAAUGGGUGCAGUUUCUAUUGUCUUAACAUCUAUUUACUACGUAAUUAUAUCCAAGAAAACUUUACCGUUUGAGAGAAUGAAAUCAUCAGGUAUCCUAGCGGAUGCAUCUCCUGAUUCACUGAUUGUGAAGGUGUUUCCCUAUUCCCGCGGCGCUUUGAUUUAUACAGAUUUAUAUCUACCUCAAUCAAAAACAAUUAAAAGUUAAAUAACCCGGAUUUGUUAUGUUUUUUUUUUUGUUGUUGCUUAUUUCAUUUAAAUGGAACUUAUUCUUAUCGUUUAUCUCGUUUAUAGAUGUACUGUCUAAUAUUUGUAUAAGAUAUUAAUUGUGUUGUAUAUAAAAAAUUCACAAAAUUCAAUCAUGUUUAAAUAGGAAGUGGAAUAAGAACGUAAACUGAAA